AUGUCUAACGUCUCGGAGACAAGCCCUCUGCUUGCACAGCACAACCCUGCCGCAAGCACGAGACAUCUUACAGUGAAUGAAGACGAUGACUUUAAGAACAGGCUCGCUGUUGAUACUGCCUCGAUCGACGGCCUUAAUGCUGACGCAAGGCAAGCGGCUAUCAGAGAGUACAAUUUAACCUUUGUCGAGGCUGUCAAAGCCUACCCUACGGCAAUAGCAUGGGCGGUGUUCUUCUCUCUGGGUGUUAUUAUGGCAGCCUUUGACCCGCAGCUGAUUGGAAAUCUGUAUGCUACGCCAGCUUUUCGACGGGACUUUGGCUACCUCUACAAUGGAGAAUAUAUCGUUCCAGCAUCCUACCAGUCGGCCCUGUCAAUGGGAUCACCACUUGGACAGGUAUUUGGAGCCUUCGGAGCCGCGUAUCCAAUGGAAUGGCUUGGACGGAAGAAGACAUUCGGACUCUGCGUCUUAUUGACGACUUGUUUUGUCUUCAUUCAGUUCUUUGCACGAUCUUUGCCGGUUCUGCUAGUCGGUGAACUACUGGGAGGUCUGGUUCUUGGCUGUUAUGUGACCAUCUUCCCAGUAUAUGCCUCCGAGGUUUGCCCGAUAGCCCUACGAGGUAUACUUACAAGCUUUACCAACAUUGCUUUCGUUGCAGGUCAACUUAUUGCCAAUGGAGUUACCGCUGGAACGUCGAAACUUGACAAUCACUGGGCGUAUUCACUUCCAUUUGCCACACAGUGGAUCUGGCCUACUAUCAUUCUUCCGCUGCUUGUCUUCGCCCCCGAGUCGCCAUGGUGGCUCCAGCGUAAGGAGCGACACGAGGAGGCCGAGAAGUCAUUGAGGAGACUCGCUUCAAAGAACAUCGAUGUCAAGCCCACACUAGCGAUGAUCAUUGAGACUGACAGGCUAGAGCAGCAGAUGGAAGCAGGGUCAUCUUACCUGGACUGCUUUAGGAAGACAAAUCUCAGACGUACUGAAAUAGCGAUUGGUGUCUACUGCAUCCAGGUGCUGUCGGGUAUCUACCUCAUCGGAUAUGCAACUCUUUUCUUCCAACGCGCAGGGCUCAGGGUCGAGGAUUCUUUCAAAAUGUCAGUGGGUUUCUUAGCUCUCGGAUUUGUCGGGACAUGUCUUUCAUGGGUGUUGCUCAACCACUUCGGCCGAAGGAGUAUCUACCUAACAGGGCUUGGGAUGUUGGCGCUCUUGCAGCUGAUCAUCGGCGUGUUGGACUGCGCUCCGACCUACGAGAGCAGACCAGCCAUUAAAUGGGCACAGUCGGUGCUCAUGUUGAUCUGGAACUUCGGAUAUGGUCAGUAG